AAAAUGGACGUGAACGACAGGCCGUCAUGUCAGGAAGCUGAUGAUCCAAAGAAGAAGGUUGCAGGAAGUCAGGAAGCCAAGGAGGUUCCAGAAGGAAAACAUAUUCCCAGGAUUCUUAGAUGGGAGGGCCCCGUGCCCUUUCCUGCCAUCCCCGAUACCAACUAUGCCUCGUAUAUGCUCAGCGUCCUGGCCCAGUACGGGAAUCAGGUAGCCCUGGUAGACGCGGCCACGGGUGAACACCGCACAUACUUAGAGGUGAGCAGGGUGGUGCCCAGGAUACGGGCGGGUCUUGAAGACGCUGGAGUGUUGCCCGAAGAGGCCAUCCUCCUUAUCACUCCUAACCACAUAGAAUUCGCUCUAGUAUUACUGGCAGUGGUGCUCCAGGGAGCAGCGUGUGUUCCCAUCAGUCCAGAUCUAUCCCCGGAGGAAGUUGGCAACAUAAUUCGUGUGAGCGAGGCGAAGUGGGCAGUGGUACACGAGGCAGGUUUGGAUAAGUUUGGGGCAGCACUGGCCCUGCUGCCCAGUAGAACAGUGAAGGAAGUGUGGGUACUGAGUGACGACCCUGCCCAGCACUCCCUGCCAACCCUCAUGACGGAUGAAUUGACUCACAAACCCGUCCAGGAGAGGAGCUUUGAUCCCAGAAGUACCGCGGCUGUAAUACUCUUCUCCUCUGGUACAACAGGAGUGCCCAAGGGUGUCAUGCUCAGCCACACCAACCUUCUCGCUGCCGUCCUCCAGAGCAAGGAGGUGAGAGCAGCGGGGAAACACGGUGAUGUCAACAAACUAGAGUCAGUGUUGCUCAUGCUGCCCGUCUACCACAGUUUCGGCUUCAGUCUUCUAAUGAGCUGCCUCUUUUCCGGUGGUAAAGUUGUUAUUGUGCGCAAGUUUGUCCCUGAGCAGUUCCUUCACUAUAUCCACAAGUACCAGUUAAAAUUCCAAUCUGCACAUGGAAAAUCAAGUUUAUUACAAAUAUUUAACAAAAAUAGUUAG